AUGACGUGCCUUGUGCGACUGCCGCGACCGCUGCGACUGCUGGCCCUGUGGGUGUUCGCGUUGCUGCCCCUGUUGUCGACGACGGCACAGGCAGCCGACGUGACGCUGACCCCCGUCAACGUCAAACUCGACCGUGCCAAUGACCGCGCCACCGUGCAGGUCAUGAACAAUGGGCAGGAGCCCGUGCUGAUGCAGGCCGAAGCCAUCUCCUGGACCCGCGUCGGCGGCCUGGACGUGGAUGGCCCGACCACCGACCUCAUCGUCAACCCGCCCGUCUUCACGGUGCAGCCGGGCCAGACUCAGGUGCUGCGCCUGGGCCUGCGUCGCACGACCGAGCGCACGGAAGAGGGCACCUACCGCAUCGUGCUGCGCGAGGUGCCGAUCCCGCGCCCCUCCGACGACAUGAACGUGGCCGGCAGCGUGCGCGUGCUUGUGGCGCUGCGGGUGCCCGUCUACGUGGCGCCGGCGCAGGUCAAGCGCGGCGAGCAGUGGAAGCUCACCCGCGCCGCCAGUGGCGAGCUGCUGGCCCAGGUGGCCAACACCGGCAACGUCCACCUGAAGGUGGCCGAGCUGAGCCUGCAGGGCGAGAACGGCCAGGCCCUGGCCAAAGUGACGCAGAAGGGCAGUGCGUCGGUCAUCUUCCCGGGCGAGCAGCGCACCUUCCGCCUGCCUGCCACGGCGCAGGCGACGCAGAUGCAGGUCCAGACCGAAGACGGAGUGCAGAAGGUCGCCCUGAAUGACGUGGACGGGGCCAAGCCCUGA